GCUGAGGCGGGCGGUGACGAGCAGCCCCACAGCCACUGGGACAGCGAGGAGCCCAACAGCAUGGAGUCCACUUUGGAGCUGGCCGAUGACCCCAGGUUCUCCCGCUCUUUGGUGGAGAUGCUGAUCAGGAACUUCAGCGUGCCGGCAGCUUGCUUCUCCCUGCCGCCCACCUCCCAGCAGCUGCUGCACCAGCUGGACACGGCCCAACUCAUCAUCCUGGGCCUCUGCACCAUCAUGACACUGUUGUCGGUUGUGAUCUAUGCAGAAGAGGUUUCAUACCUCUUCCGCAAGAUCCGCUGCCCUAUCAAGAUGAAGACCCUCUGCUGGAGCAGCUCAGCCCCUACGGUUGUGUCAGUGGUCAGCUGCUUUGGCCUGUGGUUCCCGCGCUCCAUGAUGGUGGUGGAGAUGGCAACCACGGCGUACUUCGCUGUCUGCUUCUACCUGCUGCUGCUGGUCAUGAUUGAGGGCUUUGGGGGGAAGGAAGCGCUGCUCAGCACCCUGAAGGACGUGCCCAUGGUGGUCAGCACUGGGCCCUGCUGCUGCUGCUGCCCCUGCCUGCCCCGAAUCACCAUGAGCAAGAAAAAGCUUAAAUUGAUGAUCCUGGGGACUUUCCAGUACGCCUUCUUCAGGGCAUUCGCUGUCUUCCUGGGGCUGAUCCUGUCUGCCGAUGGGAAUUACAACCCUGCUGACAUUUCAGCAGAGAGUGUGGCCCUCUGGAUCAACACCUUAGUUGGUGUCUCCACCCUCUUUGGGCUGUGGGCCCUAGGCAUCCUCUUCCGGCAGGCCCGGCUGCACCUGGCUGAGCAGAACAUGCAGGGCAAGUUCACCUGCUUCCAGAUCCUGCUCCUCUUGACGGCACUCCAGCCUGCCAUCUUCAGCAUCCUGGCCAAUAGCGGCAGCAUCGCCUGCUCGCCACCCUUCUCCUCCAAGGCCAGGUCACAGCAGAUGAAUGUGCAGCUGUUGAUCCCGCAGACCUUCAUCCUGGCAGUGCUGACGCGGAUGUACUACCGCAAGCAGGAUGACAAGCCGGGCUACCAGCCCGUCAGCUUCGCACCCGCAGGCGCCGACACCAAGGCGUGAGCAGGAGGGAGAAACUGGGGUGCCAAGGGACAGAGUGGGGUGAGGGGCUGGUCUACCCUGCACAACCUUCUCGUCUCCUCCCCUGGCCCUGGGGAGCUGCUGGCAGCAGAAAAGGCAGAAGGGGAAAGAACAUCUUGGGACAGAAUGAAAGGGUCUAAAACCUAAAAGCCAAGGGGGUCCACAGAAGCCACCUCCAGCCCGGAGGCUCUUGUCUAGCACUGAGUAAAGAUAAAUUUUUACUGGAGUCUUGCAUUGGUGACUGGGUUCAUAUUGUCUCUGCCUAGGCUGGGUGGGAGAUGACUCCAUACAGGGGGAGUAGGAUGGAGCCCAGACUAACACAGCCAUGACAUGAGACCGUCACGAGAUGCCCAACGCCCAGCUGUGAUUCUGAGCUGGUGCUGCUGGCUGGGAUCCCACAGCCAAGGCAAGUCCAAGCCAAUGGUAAUUUCUCCCAAGACAUCAGAUUGGCUCUGAGCUGUCCCUGGGGCCUGUUCUCUAUGGCACUGGCUGCUCCAGAAAGCACACAGGGAGCAUCCACACCUGCCAGUCAGGCACCAGACAAAGGAAGGCACCUUGAUGCACCUUUCUAACACUGGCAAUUAGUUAAUGCUGCCUCAACCCGCCUCAGUCCAGUACCAGUAUCUGCUCUAGACAUGGGGAUGGAAAUCAGGAGAAAUUACAAUUUGCAGAAACCACUGGGUAAUCUUUUGACCCCAAGUGUUCAUUACAGACAAGAGAAGCACAACUCAGACCGUGGUUUCAAAUGAGCAGAUUACAUGUUAAUAAAUUGUAGUGCUCUCCAA